AAACGGCGAGCAAAACGAGUGAGGUCAAAAUAUACCAUGUAGCAUCUUGCUAACUGGAUAUAAGUCUUUAUUUUGGAACAGAAUUAAGACGUUUAUUCAACAUAAUUAGGUUUAUUCAUGCUCGAAUUGAAGUUUACACACGGUGACACUGAUAAAUGACGUCUCGCUGACAAACUAGGUAAUCCAUGCAUCCUGUUUAGGGUCGCGGUGGGUCUGGUGUUACUCGAAAACCCCUGACGCAAGGCAGGCAAACACACUCACGCCAAGUCACCUAAGGGCAUGCUUUUGGAAGCUGGAAGAAACCUGGGGUACCCAGAUACGAAGAGAACAUGCCAAACUCUCGACUAGUUGAGAUAACCACAACCACCCAAAACACCUUCACCUUCAUCUUUACCAUGGUGCGUCACAGUAAGCUCCAGAAGCAGGUGCUUUCGCUGUAUCGCCAGUUCCUGCGAGCCGGCCGGGACAAACCCGGGUUCCUCCCCAGAAUACGAGACGAAUUCCGGACAAACGCCGCCAUUCAGAAGUCGGACGUUAUGCACAUAGAGUAUCUGUACCGACGAGCUCAGAGGCAGCUGGAGCAGCUGAAGGACGUGAACACCAAACAGCUGGGGGUUUUCAGCCAACCUCAGAAGAACAGCUGACGGGUGGAUGAAGUUACUUGGGGAUGGACUCACAGAUGGACAAACUGUGUUUAUAAAAGUGCCAUUUACCUACAACAGAUGAAUAAAUGUGUUUUACUUUAGUCAGCUGCUCACAUGAUGAUUUUACUGUCAUACUGAAUUCUGUGUAUUUAUUUUAUAACGUUACGCACUUAUUUAGAAUCAUUCAGCACAGCACAAAGUGACCGAAUUAAGGAGGGAAUUGUUAUGUUGUUGUUUUAUCAGUUUAAUUAGAUAUAGCUGAAGCUAGGAUAAGAUAUUUCCACAUUGCAGUUAUCACAUUAGACAAUAAUUUAUUAAAUAGAAUGUAUAAAAGUACAACCACAAAUCAGAAAAAGUUGGGACAGUAUGGAAAAUGCAAAUAAAAUAAAAACACAGAGUUCCGUACAUUUACUUUGACUUUUAUUUGAUGUCAGACAGGAUGUGUUGUCUGGUCAGCUUCAUUUCAUUUGUUAAUAAACUUUCAUACAACAUUUCAGGCCUGCAACACAUUCCAAAAAAAGUUGUGAUGGGGGAAAUUUAGGGCUAGUAAUGAGGUGAAAAAAUUAAAUAAUGAUGCGAUUUUAAACAGGUAAUUGUGAUCAUGGUUUGGUACAAAAGCAGCAUCCAGGAAAGGCUGAGAGUCUCUGAUGAGUAAAGACGAUCAGAGGAUCCAGUUUGUCCACGAAUGUGUGAGAAAAUGAUUAAAAUGUUUAAGAACAAUGAACCUCAAAGAAAGGUUGGAAGGGAUUUGCAUGUUCUCCCUCUACAGUGCAGAAUAUCAUUAAACCAUUCAAGGAAUUAGGAGGAAUUUCAGUGCGUAAAGGCCGAGGGUGCGAGAUUAAUCUGAACGCCCUUGAUCUUCCAUCCCUCAGACGGCACCGCAUCAAGAACCUCCACUCAACACUAGCUGAUAUAACCACAUGAGUGAGGGAUUAGUUUAUCAAACCUUUAUCAAGCUCUACAAUACAGAGUUACUGCACAAAUGACACUUCAAACUUUACUGUGCAAAAAAGAACGCAAAAGUUGUCACUUACUCUGUGAUCAGUUUCUUACCAAUAUUAAAACAGGUUAUGUGUAAUUAAUUCCCUUAAUAAACAGUAAUGCAAGAUGUUUGGAAUGAAUGAAAAAUACCAUAUUAGGUGACGUAUUCAGGCCGCCCGUGUAAACUGGUACAGAGAAAUGUUAGAAAUUAAAUCGGUAUUGUAGAAUAAAUCGUUUGAACAAUAUAAUGAAAGUAACAGUGUUCCAUACAUGAGAGGGGUAGCACGGUGGCUAAGUGGGUAGCACUGUCGCCUCACAGCAAGAAGGUCAUGGGUUCGAUCCCCAGGUCGGGUGGUUCGGGUCCUUUCUGUGUGGAGUUUGCAUGUUCUCCCCGGGUCUGUGUGGGUUUCCUCCGGGUGCUCCGGUUUCCUCCCAUGAACCUUGUGUAAUGAGUAAUGACCGUUUCUGUCAUGACUGUAACCAAAGUGUAAAACAUGACGUUAAAAUCCUAAUAAACAAACUAUUUGUACAUAA